UAUAUAAUCGAUUAUGCUUAAAAUCUGAGGCCAUGCAUCACUAUUGGGCUAGACUGAGAUGGCUAGCCUACAUUGGGCUUACUUUAGAACCGACGACCCGUAAUUUACCGGAAUCGGGCCCCCUUAUCCGAUCACUGAUCUCAGAAAAACGGGUGUAUCUCUGUUUCAGUAACUGACAUGGCUUCGCUUCGGCUUCAACUUCCAUUCUCUGCCGGUCCAUGCCUACCCAAUUCCCGGUUCAGACGCAGUCGGGUCCGGUCCUCCACCGAACGCCAGGCGCUCUUCAACCGCAUUGCCCCUGUCUACGAUAACUUAAAUGAUUUGUUGAGCUUGGGUCAGCAUCGAAUAUGGAAAAGAAUGGCAGUUUCGUGGAGCGGAGCAAAAAUGGGGGAGAGUGUGUUGGAUUUGUGCUGUGGAAGUGGGGAUUUAGCGUUUCUCUUGUCUGAGAAAGUUGGGUCCAAUGGCAAGGUGAUUGGUCUUGAUUUCUCGAAGGAGCAGUUGUCAGUUGCUUCGUCGCGGCAAAAGUUGAAGUCGAAAGCCUGCUACUUGAACAUUGAGUGGGUUGAAGGUGAUGCAACUGAAUUGCCGUUUUCUGACGGUCACCUUGAUGCCAUCACUAUGGGUUAUGGGCUAAGAAAUGUUGUAGACAAACACAAGGCCAUGGAGGAAAUUUUAAGAGUUUUGAAAGCAGGCUCAAGGGUAUCAAUCCUUGACUUCAAUAAAAGCACCAAUCCAGUUGUUUCAUCAGUUCAGGACUUGAUGAUUGACAAUGUUGUUGUCCCCGUGGCAUCUGGUUUUGGACUUGAGGAGGAUUACAAGUAUUUAAAAAGUUCAAUCAGGGAAUUCCUGACAGGGGACGAGUUGGAGAAGCUGGCUUUAGAUGUAGGUUUUUCCAAUGCCAGAUAUUAUGAGAUUGGCGGAAGCCUCAUGGGGAACUUAGUAGCCACCCGAUAGGUUGAUUCAUGUAUGCUAUUUUCAAAUUGUGUCUUGUUGAACACAAAAUAUGUGCCUUCGGGAAAUAAGAAAGAUGUUGUGGCUCAAACAUUUCUUUUCA